AUGCAACUUCAGAAUCGCGGUUGCCUUUUGGUUUUUUGGUUCCAUUUUGAUAGGUUCGAGCUGCCCGCUUGAUCAAAGAGGUCCAAAUUUAGGGAUACGUUCUCAUCCACAUCUCUCUCUCUCUCUCUCUCUCUCUCUCUCUCUCUCUCUCUCUCUCUCUCUCUCUCUCUCUCUCUCUCUCUCACACACACACACACACACAUACACACACACAGAGUAUUGAUGAACUUGUUUUCUUAACCUGUACGGAUUGGAUUUUUGUUUUUGUUUUGGUAACUCAAUUUGUACUUGAGCGUAUGGAUUCUUGUGUUGGAUCAUCUUGGAGAGUUGGCUUAUAACUAUAUAUCUCGGACAAGAAGAAGUUUGGUAACUGCCUGCCAGGUCCAGACUUUUGGCGUUUGAAUUUUAGUUGUAUCUUAACUUAUCUUAGAUUCAUCAAGAACAAAAAGCUCUUCUAAUGUUUUGUUUCUUAUUUAGGCUUAAUUUCUUGUCAUUCAGAUCCGUAGAACAUGGGUUUCAAAGAAGAUAAAAGUAUCAUCAGUCAAUCUUUCUGAUAUAUCGAGUCAAAGCGAAAGCUAAAAGGAAUUUUUGUUUAAUCCAGUUCAUUUAAUAACCUAGAGAGAGAGAGGAAAAAAAAAAAAAAAAAAGAGAGAGGAGAGAGAUGAAGGGUAUGUUUUUGGAUGACAGUAUGUCAAACUUAACAUCAGCAUCAAAUGAAGCAAGCCUAUCUUCAUCAAGUAACAAGAAUGAAGUUGGUACUAUGUACCCUCCACCACAGCAGAUGCAACAGUCCUCCUUAGCUUCUGUGCCAAUUAAUUCCGACAAUCAAACGCAAACCAACAAGAAAAAGAGAAAUCUUCCAGGCAAUCCAGACCCAGAGGCUGAGGUGAUAGCUAUGUCUCCAAAAUCACUGAUGGCAACAAACAGAUUUGUAUGUGAGAUUUGCAACAAAGGGUUUCAAAGAGAUCAGAAUCUUCAGUUGCAUAGACGAGGUCACAAUCUGCCAUGGAAGCUGAAGCAAAGAUCAAAACAAGAGGUGGUUAGGAAGAAGGUGUAUGUAUGCCCAGAACCCAGUUGUGUCCACCAUGAACCCGCAAGAGCACUUGGAGACCUCACUGGUAUCAAAAAACAUUUCUCAAGAAAACAUGGCGAGAAGAAAUGGAAAUGCGAGAAGUGUUCGAAGCGAUAUGCUGUUCAAUCCGACUGGAAAGCUCAUUCCAAGAUUUGUGGCACACGAGAAUAUCGAUGUGAUUGUGGCACACUUUUCUCAAGGAGGGACAGCUUCAUUACUCACAGAGCCUUCUGUGGUGCUUUAGCAGGAGAAAAUGCAAGAUCUUCAUCAUCAUCAUCCUUACUACUUUCAUCAAAUCACCUUCCUCUCCAUUUGCCAAUGACUUUCCCACUCAAAACUGAACCUCAACAUCUCCUACAACACCCACAACUCAAUUCAAACAUCAUGACGAAUACUUUACAACAAAAUCAUCAGUUACCAUCCUGGUUUGUUCAUCAUCAUCAACAAAACCCUACCCCUAAUAACAAUUCAAGUAAUAAUCUUCAUCUUCCUUCUCCUUCUUCUCCUCCUCACAUGUCUGCCACCGCAUUGCUCCAAAAGGCAGCUCAGAUGGGUGUGACCAUGAGCAAGCCUGCAACUGGUACCAAUACUGCCAUGGUCAUGUCACUGCAGCAACAGCAACAGCAACAUCAACAGCAACAGCAACAGCACCAGUCCAUUCUAAGUGGGCCCCACCAUCAUGAUCACAUGUGUGCACCUACAUCACUGUUAACAGCUCAUCAUCACGCUUCCGGUCUUGGAAAUUUGUCUUCAAGUGAUAAUGAACAACAAGGGAUGCUGGGAUUAGGUGGCGGGUUUGCUAACGUGAACACGGGUUGCUUCGACCACCAAACCGAUGCAAUCACAACCAAUGCUAUGCAUGCUCACUCUCAUCUGCUUCAUACUGAAUCCUUGGCUUGUACAACUGGAAUGUCAACUGCAUUUCAAGAGGCUUAUAAUGGCAUGAUGAGUUCAACAAAGAGUGCUCACAGUACCGGCUUUCAAGAAGCAUUUAUAUCAGCGUCAGGCGGAGCAGCACUGAACCCGAGUAAAGCAAAUGGCGGUGGUCAAAACGAUGAGUUGACAAGGGAUUUCUUGGGACUUACAGGAUUUCCACCUCAUACUGUUGAUCAUCAUUUUCUCAGUAUGGCUGGUUUGGAUCAGUUAAGCACUUCUUCACCCUAUCAUCAUCAUCAGCAGCAGCAGCAACAACAGCAACAAGAUAAUCAUAGCCAGAACCAAAAUCAAUUACCUUGGCAUGGGUAAUGUUAAGCUAGCAAGUCCAUGGACGAUAAUGGGAAAAUUCAACUUAUAUAUUUUCACCCUAUUAUCGUGUUUUAAGCGCUUAAUUACAUAGUCCUUUUUGCUUAUUACAGUUGAUUUUGUUAGGUUUAAUCGCCAGGCAAACUUUACAA